CCGGAAGAGCGCGGCGGUGGCCAAUGGGAGGAGGAGAGGGGCGGGACAGCGGAGCGGCGGGGUUGAGGCCGAGGCCGAAAGCGGAGCAGCGGGGCAGGGUUUGUCCGUACAGCCGGCAUCAUGUCGAUUAUGUCAUAUAACGGUGGGGCCGUGAUGGCCAUGAGGGGGAAGAACUGCGUGGCCAUCGCUGCCGACCGUCGCUUUGGGAUCCAGGCACAGAUGGUCACCACGGACUUCCAGAAGAUUUUCCCUAUGGGAGAAAGGCUGUACAUUGGGCUGGCAGGUCUGGCCACAGACGUGCAGACGGUAGCCCAGAGGCUGAAGUUCAGGCUGAACCUCUAUGAGCUGAAGGAAGGGAGGCAGAUCAAACCGCAGACUUUUAUGAGCAUGGUUUCCAAUCUGCUCUACGAGAGACGGUUUGGACCUUAUUACACAGAACCGGUCAUCGCUGGCCUGGACCCCAUAACACACGAACCUUUCAUCUGCUCCCUGGACCUGAUUGGCUGCCCCAUGAUAACUGAGGACUUUGUGGUCAGCGGCACCUGCUCAGAGCAGAUGUAUGGCAUGUGUGAGUCCCUCUGGGAGCCCGAUAUGGAACCCGAUCACCUCUUUGAAACGAUCUCGCAGGCCAUGUUGAAUGCAGUGGACAGAGAUGCCCUGUCUGGCAUGGGGGUAGUAGUGCACAUAAUUGAAAAAGACAAGAUCACCACCCGGACUCUGAAGGCACGCAUGGACUAACCCAGCACAGCUGUUCCUGUGUCUCUCAGCUCAGAUUAUGUGCACAUUUUUUAAAAUAAAGCUCUCCAUUGUAGUGAA